AACUAACACAUAAUACAAGGAUCAAAGUUGCAAAAGUUCCUUCCUCUGAUCUUCUCCCUCACACUCACGAUUUUUCCGUACAUUUAAACCUUUGAAAGAGGAACAAAAACACUGAUAAUUUUCAGUUACAAGAUUGCGACCACGAAGAAGAUCGAUCAUCCGGAUAAAAAGCCUGAGCUUUUUCCUUUUGCAAACAUGGCCAUCACCACCUUCACGUUUCUCAAUGCAUUCUUCCUACUCCACAUCCAGCCUGUUGUUGAUUUAAUCUUCUCUUCAUCCGCUUCUUAAACCCUAUCUUUCCACCAAAUUCCGCCGCCUCUUCGUCGACUACUGUUGAAUCGCCGGAGAAAGGCGAAAACAAUUUUCAACAAUACAGUAUGGAUCCUUGCCCUUUUGUGCGUCUUACAGUAGGCAAUCUCGCUCUCAAGAUACCUGUAGCGUCGAAAGCUGCUCGCUCUGUUAUUCACCCGUCGUCGUCGCCGUGUUUUUGUAAGAUUAAGCUGAAGAACUUUCCUGUUUACACUGCCGUGGUUCCGUUUUUGCCGCCGGAGAGUCAGAAUGUUGAAGUACAAACCCUAGCCGCUACUUUUCAUAUGAGCAAGUCUGAUCUCGAUAGGCUUGUCGCUAAAUCACUUUUUGCCGGAAAACUCAGCUUGAAAAUAUCGAUUUUUACUGGACGGAGAGGGAGUAGUUGCGGUUUGAGCUCCGGUAAGCUGUUAGCGAAAGUGACGGUUCCGUUGAAUCUCGCCGGAACGGAGAGCAAGGCUUGUGUAUUUCACAAUGGUUGGGUCACCGUCGGCAAAGAUGCGAAUAAAAGCUCUUCAAGCGCGCAGUUCCAUUUGAAUGUCAAAGCGGAGCCGGAUCCGCGAUUCGUUUUCCAAUUCGACGGUGAGCCGGUGUGUAGUCCGCAGGUUUUUCAAAUUCAGGGUAAUAUCCGGCAGCCUGUGUUCACUUGCAAGUUCAGCUUCCGUUCAACCACCGCCGGUGACCGUAAUCAGCGAUCCAGAUCUUUACCACCAGACAUCAGUGGUUCACGGAAGUGGCUGAGUUCAUUCGGAAGCGACAGAGAACGACCAGGAAAAGAAAGAAAAGGAUGGUCAGUCACCGUCCACGAUUUAUCAGGGUCACCGGUCGCCGCCGCAUCAAUGGUAACUCCAUUCGUCGCAUCUCCUGGGUCCGACCGAGUCAGCCGCUCCAACCCCGGUUGUUGGCUCAUCCUCCGUCCCGGCGACGGAACAUGGAAGCCAUGGGGCCGCCUUGAAGCCUGGCGCGAACGUGGUGCUCACGACGGACUUGGGUACAGAUUCGAACUGAUCCCCGACUCCGCCGCCGCCGGCAUCGUAUUGGCUGAAUCCACAUUAAGCUUGAACAAAGGUGGGAGGUUUAUGAUCGAUUUAGGUGCGGGGGCGGGCAACGGUGGUAGUGGUCGGAAAUCAAACAUGGCGUCUCCGGUGUGUAGUCCGAGAGGGAGUGGGGAUUUCGGGUAUGGGCUUUGGCCGUACUGUGCUUACAAAGGGUUUGUGAUGGCGGCGACGGUGGAGGGGGAAGGGAAGCGCGGGAAGGCAAUGAUGGUGGAGGUUAGUGUGCAGCAUGUGAAUUGCACGGAGGAUGCAGCGGCGUUUGUGGCAUUGUCGGCGGCGAUUGAUCUGAGCAUAGAUGCCUGCAGGCUUUUCUCUCAAAAGCUGAGAAAGGAACUAUGUCAGCCUCAAGAACUAUGAACUUUUUUUUUUUUUUUGAUUUAGAGAAAUGUUUUUUUUCUGGAUUUAGUAAUUUUAGGUCUGGAAAAGUGGUGGAAAUUGGACUAACACUGAGAGGAAGUAGAUGUGUUUUGU